AUGUACAAACUAAAAGAGAAGGAUAUCCGAAAACGAAAGCAAGAUGAAAUCAAUCAAGGAGGAAGUCCCAAGACAAACGGAAGCAACACUCUUCAAAUCAAUACAUCAAACCUCCAGCCACAAACACCCACAGAAACAACUCCAACCAGUACUGUAAGUGGGUCUUUCACUCCGACACUCUCCACAUUGUCAUCUUCAAUGCCUACCUUCGGCUCACCAUCCAACGAUCUUCCAAUCUCUCCUCCUACCAAAAAAACUAAAUUUUCAGAUCAGGAAAUUCAUGAUUUAAAACUUGUGAACGAGCAACGAAAGCGACUUUUAUUGAAAAAUAAGGAGCUGACAAGGUUGAACGAUCAGUAUCACAAAGAAGCUGCAGAAUCUGCAAGACAACGUGAUAUUGCUCAUUCAAACAUGGCUAGACUUUUAAGACAAUUUAAUCAUAUGAUCGAGGAUGUAACGUUACAACUCUCUAGAUUACCUGCAGUUCCAAACGGGAGGGUAGGUGAAGAUGUUUUUGCUAAAGUUUAUGACACAAGUGUGGAUGAAGAAUCUAUAAAUCAAUUGUUUGAACGGUUUAGAUCGAUACUAUCGCGAAUAGUACAUGCAAUUGAUGUUUUGAAGGAAGAAAAAUCAACCAACAAUGAAAAGCAGCUGGAAGAAGGGCUUCGAAAACUAAACUCACAGUACAGAGAAAUGAAAGAUGACUAUAACGCCUUGAAUGAACGAUUACAACAAUCUGAACAAUUAAUAACGACUCUCAAACAGCAAGUUGAAGAUAAGGAAGAAGAUUUAAAAAGCACCAAAAACAAAAUAGAGAAGCUUUCCUAUGAGAAAGAAGAAUUAUUAACAUCCACUCCUUUAGCUACCCCAAUUUCCCCUUUUACAUCUCCAACGAAAAUUUUCCCCUCAACUAGUUUUGAUAAUUUACCACAAGACGAUACUAAGCUGCUUAUUGCUCAAAGAGAGGAAGAAAUUAACGAAUACGUUCAAAGAUACAGCAGAGCCAAUGCGCUGAAUGAGGAACUCAAAGCUAAAGUUGAAGAGCUUGAAUCUAAGAUUAAAAAUUUAACAUUAGAGAUUGAUUUUUACAAGGACUCUCUCCAGAAAGAGAAGUUAAGAUUGGAAGCACAUUACGAGAAGUAUAAUGCUGAAGUAGAGAGAAACAAAUUGAAUCUCAAGAAUUUAGAAGAUACCUACAAUAGUUUCAAGGAAAAGAUGAAACAAGACUUUGUAGAAGUUAAAAACGAAAACAAACAACUCAAAGAUACCAUAGAGAAGCUUAAUAGGGAAAAAUCAGAAAAUUCUCUACUAAAACAAAACGAACAGCUUCUCCAAAAGAAGAAGGAACAAGUUGAAAAAUACAACAAGUUAAAGUAUCGAUAUGAAAAGGCUAAACAAGCUGCAGAAGAGGCCAAAGUUUAUAAACAAGAUAAGGAAGAAAUUAUUCGACAGCUGAACAUGUACAAGAAGCGAAAUGAGGAAUUGGCAAAGCAAAUUUCAUCUGAAGCAUCCAAAGAAAGCGCCUCUACUUCAGAAGGAGCUAGCAAAGAAAGCACUUCAACCUCGGAAGAAGAUCCAUCGUUUUUGAAGUCAGAAAUUAUCAAAUGGAAAGAGCAAAGUGAAAUGUUUGAGGCUUCACUGAACGACACUAUUCAAGCCUAUGAAAAGCUUCAACAAGAAAAGGAUGAAGUGACUAAAAGGGUUGACCGAGCUGAAGAGCAACGAUUAGAAUCCAUGAAAGAGAAGGCAAAAAUGGAAAAAAUCAUGGAAUCUGUCAAGGAUGAUUUGAAAAAGAUUUCAGAAACCUGUACUGAGCUUGAGCGAGCAAAGAAGCAACAGGAGGAAAGGAUUCAGUCGUUAGCCCUUGAAAAAUCAGCGCUGAGCGAGUUUAUAGAAAAACAAAAACUGGAAGAGAUUAUAUAUAGGAAAACGUUGGAUCAACAACGACAGGUUCUAGAUCAUUACAAAUUGGCAGUACCUUCUCUGCACUCCGAAAUAGAGCUUCUGAAAACCAAAAAUACACAACUGAUACAGGACUUGGAGAAGAAAGAAAAUGAAUGUAACAAACAAUCUCUUGCCAUAAAGAGGCUAAACGAAGAGAAACAACGAAAGAAAGAGGCCGAAAUCGCAAGCGCUAGUACAGAUGAUUAUUUCAAGAGAAAGAUUACUUGCACACAAUGUAAUGACAGAGAAGUGGAUCAUGUCAUUUGCAGGUGUUUCCAUACUUUUUGCAAGGAGUGUGUCAACUUGAAUAUCAAAACAAGAAACAGGAAAUGUCCAAAAUGUGGCGUUCGUUAUGAUCAAAAUGAUGUCAAACAGUUUUACCUCAAUUAA